GUUACGUUGUGGAGUCCACUGACACGUCCGAAUAGUGUUUGCUCAAACCCAGGGAGUUUACACGCGUACUGUAACGGCGUCUACUUCCUGUUUGCCGAUUUCGACGUAACGUGCCGACAUUAUGGCACAAAUUCAGAAGGUUUUCUAUAUUGCUAAAGAAAAACAGAAAUUUAAAGAUGACAAGGAAGAAAAGAAGAAAGGCAAGGUUCGAACAACAGGCAAUGCCAUAAGAAUACAGACACAGACACAUAUUGAGUUUCAGCUGGUGUCUUCUAAUGGCACACUGCGGUUUGUCAUCACCGGAGUCAAAGACAAUGUGGAUACUGCCAUUGCAUUAUUACAGCGGCGUCUGACAGAGAACAGACGCCAAGUGACCGAUGAUCUUCCUGAUGGUGUGAAGCCAUUGACAAUGGAAAAUUUAAAAAGACAUAACAUGGAAUUAACAGAGAAAAGACAGUAUGGGUGCGAGCCAUGUGACAAUGUCUUCUGGACGAAAGUGUUUCAGUACAAACCUGUUGCUAGAUGUAAUAAAUGUAAUGUUAAGUAUGAUCCAAUCCCAAAAGAUAAAGAGUAUGGUGUUGGUACAUACGAGUGUACGCAGUGUGGACGUCGAUUUACUGGUAAAGCUAGGGCUGAUGUAGCUGCCAUGUGUUAUGACUGUCAUAUUAUGGUAUUGCCAAUGGGUAUUGGACAUAGACCACGUGGACCGCGUAGAACCCGCAAUAUACAUAGUUGCCAAGCUUGUCUUAAUGGAACAAUCCGGCCAUGUCCCAUUUACAAGAGGGUGGUCAUAGCAAGUGUUGUUCACGAUAGCAGUGGAUCUACUAUAUCAACAUUCCUAUCUCAACAGUCUGAGAUGUAUUAUCCACCGGAUUCUGGAAAUUCAGCUCCAUCGGACGAUGAGGGCGCUGCACCACCAGCUGAACCAAAACCGGGUUCUAAAUAGGAUUACUAAAUGAUCUCUUGUAUGCCACUAGGGGGUGCUAUUAUAUAAUAUUAACCAAUAGGUGAUUUUCUGUACAAUUGCGAGAUCUCGCGAGAUGCAUGAAAGACGCGCGUCGAACGUCUGCCGCAAAAAUCGAACGAUUUGAUUUUGAACUCAUUAUUAAGCAUGGAAAUGUCCCCCAAAAUACUUUCGCGUUUGUCGAAUCUCACGCGAUGUUUGACGCCACUAAGAUGCUAGGACCUUUGUUUGUCCUGUUUUUACGUUCGAAUUCAUGCAUAACGCGUGAUUCUCGCAGUGAACGGAAAAUGGUCUAUUCAAUUACUAACAUUCCAAUAGUGAUGUAAAAAAAACCAAAAAAAAACCUACAUUUAAAAUUUCAUUAUUUUUCUUGUCGCUAAAAUUUAUGAAAAUUCACAAAAUGGUGCCAACUUUCUGUCAAUUAUUCAUUUGCCAAAAAGUUUUGGAAUGCAAA